AUGGGUAACACUGAAAGUAAUGUCACCAGUGGUGUGAAGAAACAAGCUGGAACCUCAACACAGAAGCUUUAUAAGUUUAUUGAUAUUAAAGGCUGUGGACUCCUUGUAGAUAUGAUGAAGCGAGCGGUGCAAAACAAGCAAUACGCUGAGAUCGACCACGCCAUUAAAACGAAAGUGGAACCAUUUCUGUAUAAUAAAGGGAAAGGUCGCUAUAUACCGAUAUCACAUCUCGUACUGCUUAGGAACAAGGAACGACCAAGACACAAGCUGUUGCCCCCUUUAAGAGGGAUGGAGAACCCGGAUGAGGAAUUUGAUGUGGAGAAAGAUUGGCCGGUGGUCACACAGGAGGAGUACGAUGCCAACCCCUCUGCUUACAGGGAACUCUGUUGGGAUCUAAAGGAGCGUGGAGCAGUCGGCGAGACGAUCCUCCAUUUAUGUUUGCUGAAUGCUACCUCAUUGCUUGCCGACUUGGCCAAAAGACUUCUAAGGUUUUACCCAAAAUUAAUCAACGAUAUUUACAUGAGCGACGAAUAUUAUGGUGAAAGCGUGCUUCACAUGACGAUCGUGAACGAAGACCCUACUAUGGUCAAAUUUCUCUUGGAUGCCGGAGCGGACUAUCAUGAGCGAUGCUUCGGCAACUUCAUGUGCCCCGAGGAUCAGAAGGCUUCCAGAUCUGACUCGCUCGACCACGAGUGGGUCAAUGUGCAGCGUGACACUAAUUAUGUUGGAUACGUGUACUGGGGUGAAUACCCAUUGAGUUUCGCAGCGUGUCUUGGACAAGAGGAAUGCUACAGGUUGAUAUUAGCUAGGGGUGCCGAUCCAGAUAAACAAGACACCAACGGAAACACUGUGCUUCAUAUGCUUGUGAUUUAUGAGAAAACGAGUACAUUUGACAUGGCAUACGAAGUGGGUGCGUCCCUUAACAUUCGUAACGCUCUGAAUCUCACCCCGUUGACUCUCGCCGCUAAGUUAGCUAGAACUGAGCUCUUCUUUCACAUAUUGAAUAUCGAACGAGAGAUCUACUGGCAGAUAGGUGCUACUACCUGUGCGGCUUAUCCAUUGGGACAAGUAGAUACUAUAGAUACUGAAACGGGACUCAUCAGUAAAGAUUCAGCUCUCAACUUAGUGGUUUUUGGUGAAAAAGAUGAGCACUUAGAACUUCUAGAAGGAAUGUUGAUAGACCUUCUGAAGACCAAGUGGAAUUCGUUCGUGAAGUUCCGCUUCUACAGACAAUUCAUAUUGUUCACUUGCUACUUCCUGAUUUCGUUGGUGUGUUUCACUAUGAGACCAGGAUUUCCCGAAAGAGCUGUUAACGCUACAGCGGUUAAUUCUACAGUUGGACCUACUGUUAAUGAUACUGAAUUGGUUUCGGAUAUGGAUAAUUGCACAAUGCAACUGAACGCUACGGAUUUUGAUAUGGGAGCGGUUGAGAUGGUCAACGGGACGAAACCUGGCGGUCCGAAGUGCGCAAAAUUUAAAAGCCACACAAAGGAAAAAGAUAAACCGACAGAGACACCACGAGAAACAGAUAUGGAAGGCUGGUGGGAAGACCUGACCGGAGAGUGCAGACUUAUGGAUUUCGAAUCUUGGCAGGCCAAAGUACGAGUCACGGCUGAAUUGUUAUUAUGGUUGGGAGCGCUAGCGUACAUCGGUGCCGCGUUACGUGAAGCUCGCUUCCUAGGACUUAAGAUGUUCAUAGAGAAUUUGAGCACGGUGCCGUCCAGAGUAAUGUUCCUGUUUUCCUGUCUGCUUAUGAUUGCGAUGCCGACUUUAAGACUUUGGUGUGCAGACGAAGCCGAGGAUCACCUUGCAGUAAUCAUUAUGCUGACCACAGCACCAUAUUUUUUGUUCUUUUGUCGCGGAUUCAAGACUGUCGGACCGUUUGUGGUAAUGAUAUACAGAAUGGUAAUGGGAGAUCUUCUACGAUUCGUUUGCAUAUACUUGGUCUUUGUCAUGGGAUUUUCACAAGCGUACUACGUAAUAUUUCUGUCGUUCGAUAAUCCCAAUACGCCAGAAGGCGUGGAUGACUCUGUUUCAAAUCCCAUGCCGUCACCAAUGGAGAGUAUAAUGGCUAUGUUUCUAAUGUCCCUCACGUCUUUCUCUGAUUAUUAUGGGGCGUUCGAACACACCGACCAUGAGAUCGAAGCGAAGUUGCUGUUCGUCGUGUACAUGAUAAUAGUCGCGAUACUUCUAGUCAACAUGUUGAUUGCCAUGAUGGGGAACACGUAUCAGAAGAUAGCGGAGACGAGGAAUGAGUGGCAGCGGCAGUGGGCGAGGAUUGUGUUAGUAGUGGAACGAGGGGUGCCGCCUGCGCAUAGACUCAAACAGUUAAUGGCUUACAGCCAACCGAUGGCAAAUGGGAAGAGGGCUUUGGUACUCAGGAUUAACCAAAAGGAUGAGGAUAAAGAAGAAAUGAAAGAGAUUCUAGAAAUGAAAAGGACACACGAACGCAUCGUUGCCAAGAGGAAGAAAAGAGAAGAAGAAUUGAAAGGAAUGAAAGGCCGUUUACCCCCACCGCCUCCUGUGAGGGACUAUCCCAUUCGUAAAUAA